AUGGUUCCUCCAUCUCACCCGGGCUAUGCCAACUUUUGCUAUGAUUUCAGCACUGUUCGUUCCAGGGCUGGUCAGCAGUUAAAUGCUGCCUUGGACUUGGCCCUCAAGAUACCUCUGGAUCCUCCUGAUAACUUGACCAUGUCGGUGGAAGCUAUCCAUGAAGUCAUGAGAACCUGCAAUCGUCUCAUUCAAGAAGAUUUGAAAUCAAAAAAUCCACAAAUCUGCAAGACAUACAUUAGAGCUUGCCAGGAAGCUGUGAAACGUCAACCUGACAGUGGGUCCGACAUGAUCAGCUUAGCGGCAUCCUACUGCCUUUCAGGAAACAAUUUGGAGGGGGCUCGUAGCUACCGUCGUGCAUUGGGCAUGCCAAGACAAGACUUUGAUGUUGCACGUCAAACCACAAAUCUGAUUUUGGCACAGCUCCAAUGUCCCAAUAUGCCGCUUGAAGAUCAUCAUGUUGUUCGCUGUACUGACACUGAAGUGAUCUCCAUUCUCAACAACGACAUGGAGAAAUGGCUCAUGAGCGGCAAAGUGGUGAAUCAAGAAACUCAGUCCAUGGAAAAAUUUGUUUAUAUGGCCGCAGAAGAAGGGGGUGAUCUGAUUAAGCACAAAAUGCCAUCCUCUCCCAAUGAUCCCAAGUACUUUCCUGAGGAGUUCUUGAAGAAAGUCCAGCCCUAG